ACAAAAGUACAAAUCUCAGCCAUCCAGGAAAUUGCAGUAGCUGAAAUGGAAUUUGUUAUCGUUUCACAAUACAUCACAUUUCUUUGCGUAAUUCAAUAUUCAGAAUCUUUCAAUUGGACGGUACAGCCAGCCAAUCCAACAUUGGUAACAAUAGGAGAGGACAAAUCGCUUAUCUGGGAGUUCACCCUAACUGCUGAUGAACGGGUCAAGAGUCAGACAUUCCAUGUCAUUAGGUGGAAAAUGUUUAAUUCCUCAAGUUCAGAUUAUGAUAUGAUUGGUGCCAAACUCUUUUUAAGUACUCAUGGGAAACUUUAUUAUAAUGAACUCAGAGCCCCACAUAUUGAGAUUAAUAAAAAUGAUCCAGCCACUUUACUUAUCAACAACGUCAGGACAGAAGAUGAAGGAACAUACAAGAUUGAGUACAUUAUAGAGGUUGACGGGACUGUCCUUGCUGAUCAUGAAGUAAAUGUUACAGUUUUAGAGCAUCCUGAGAUUGUGACUGCUGGGAACCAAGAUGUUUGUGAAGGCUCCAUGGUUACUUUGAGUUGCAAUGCAACUGGUAAACCGACAUCAAAUAUUACGUGGACUAGAGUGUGGAAAAAUAGCACUGACAGUGGAGAACUGCCGUCUUUAGAUGGGUAUUAUGUCAUACGCAAUAUCGACAGAAGCUCCAGUGGAACAUACCGCUGUACAGCUUUCAGUGGAGCUGGGAAUCCUGUCAAUCAGACAAUGGAGGUGAUUGUAGGAAUCCCAGCUGCCAUGGAACGGGUACAAAAUGUAACAGUCAAGGAAGGCAAAAAUGUAUCAAUGGAGUGCAAGGUCACCACAGGAUCUCCUCCCUUAACUGUUUUUUGGGAGAAUGUUAAAAGUGGUCAGGUCAUCAUAGGAAAGCUGUUGAACAUCACUCACAUCACAAGAUAUCAAACAGAGUACAGAUGCAUUGCAAACAACACUUGUGGAAGUGAUUCUUCUACUAUAUUCAUUGAUGUACAGUAUAAACCAUCAGCCACCCGGUCAAGCUCCACCAUUGAAUUGGAGUUAGGAGAAGACAGGUCUAUUGGUUGCCCUGUGGAUAUUGGAAACCCCCCAGCUGUCAUUACGUGGUACAAAGGAAAUGAUACCAGCGGCAAAAAAGUUACUAAUUGCUCAACUCUGGAGGUUCAGAAUGUUGCUUUGAGAAACAAAGGAUGGUAUACCUGUUUUGCAAAAAAUGAACUGGGAAAUACAACCGUGAACUUGUUGCUAAUGGUCGGUAACUUUACAAAAGAAUCCUUUUUAGGUCCUGAGGAAUGUAAUUGCCGAUGUAACGACAUCAUGCUCAAAGCCAUAGUUGGGGUUCUUGUCUUCAUAAUCUUUCUUCUAAUAAUUUACAUAAUCUGGCUACACUGGAAAGGCGCCGUAGGGAAACAGAGGAGUUAUGAGGAUGACAGAGGUGUUUAUGACAACGGAAUAGGUUUGGACGAUAUCGAACUAAGCCAGCCCGACUCGAAAAAAGACGCUCAGUCCCCUGCGGAGUACAUGGAUCUCAUAGAAGCCAGCAAAGAUGGGAGAAAAGCAGAAAGUGCCGCUCCAGUUCCUGAUUAUGCGCAUCUUCAUCCAUCAACUCGAUCUUGGGAAGUUCCGAGACAUCAUGUUACUAUAGAAAAAGAAAUUGGUAAGGGUGCUUUUGGUCAGGUUGCCAAGGGAACAGCAGUAGGACUUCGAGGGAUGCGCGAAACGACCGCAGUGGCCAUUAAGAUGCUUAAAUCGAACGCUAUUGAAUCGGACAAGAGCGAUUUGAUGAAUGAACUCGAAACAAUGAAGCAACUGGAACCACAUCCUCACGUCAUCAAACUUCUGGGAUGUGUUACCGAAUCUGAACCACUGUUGGUUUUAAUUGAAUAUGUGCCUUUUGGGGAUCUACUGGGUUACCUGAGAAAGAGUCGUGGAUUAAAAGACACUUACUACAAAGACCCGGAUAUCAAACCCCAAACAAAUCUGACAUCACAGCAGCUAAUGAAGUUUGCUUGGCAAAUUGCUGAUGGAAUGAGUUACUUGUCCUCAAAAUCUAUCAUUCACCGAGACCUUGCAGCCCGUAAUGUGUUGGUUGGACAAAAGGAAACGUGUAAAGUGACAGACUUCGGAAUGGCUAGAGAUGUGCAGCUGGAAAAUAUUUAUGAACGAAAGACUAAGGGCCGUCUUCCCGUGAAGUGGACAGCUUAUGAGGCUUUGUUGUAUGGUAAAUAUACCACCAAAAGUGACGUAUGGAGUUAUGGAGUUUUGCUGUACGAGAUUUUCACCAUAGGCGGUUCACCUUACCCACGAAUGGAUGGAAGAAAAAUUGCAAACUUACUUCAGGAUGGAUACAGGAUGCCUAAACCCCAACAUGUAGAUGAAAAAUUGUAUCAGAUGAUGAUGAAAUGCUGGAAGAAUGACCCAGAUGCAAGACCAACUUUUACUGAAUUGAAAAAUCAGCUUAAGGACAUGGAAAUCCUACACAAGAAGCUGAUCAACAUGACAUUGUACGACGAGCAGUUGUAUGCAAACGUCGAGGAUUUAAAAGUGUAGUUAGGUACACGUCCGCGGUGUAUGACUGGUUAACAGUUUGAACAUUUUGCCACAACGAAGUUUCAGGGAUUAAUCAUCUUUUCCUUACACGCUUACUUGGUAGAAAUAUCCAUGUUGUGUUAAGCAGUUAGGCUGGAACGUUGUAAUUUAAUUGAUUUUAUAUUCUUACACGCUGAAACGCUUUCAUAAGUUUACCGAUAAAGUAUACUCUCAUUUUCUCUUCAACAUGUUUAUCACUUACGCAUGCGCUCGACACAAGCGUUUGUGUUCAGUUUAUUUUCUGGCUCAAUUCUGAAAGGCAGCACAGUGUGGAGAAAAAAUCCAAUUUACCAGAUUGAUGAAUUUAAGUAAAUUGCUAAAAAAAUUGUUUUGCCGCGAAACCCCCUUGUUUGCAGGAAACACGAAACACUUUGGUCUUUCGUCGCUCGUUUUCCUUUUCUUUCGUCGCCUAACAAGUAAUGAAAAAGCAAUGAGCUGCUUGUAAUCAAAC